AAUUUUACCGACAGAUGCCCUUACAGUUAGUUCGGUGAGUGAACAUCUCGUGAAUUUAGUUCGUGUGACAUGGCUACGAAUAAUACAGAAGAAAUUGAGGAAGUAGAGAGGAAGGAACAGGAGGUAGUGAAUUUCGAUGAAUUUCCACCAGAGGUUCUAAUUAAACAUCCACUUCAACAUACAUGGACACUUUGGUAUUAUGAACCUGAUAGAAAUAAGACAUGGGAAGAAAGUCAGAGAAAAAUUACAAGCUUUGAUACAGCUGAAGAUUUUUGGAGCUUAUAUAAUCAUAUAAAACCUGCAUCAGAAUUAAGACAAGGAUGUGACUAUAGCAUGUUUAAACAAGGAAUCAGACCCAUGUGGGAAGAUGAUGCCAACAAAAGUGGUGGAAGAUGGCUUAUAAAUUUAGAUAAGAAACAGAGAAAUGUAGAUUUGGAUUACUUUUGGCUAGAAACUUUGUUAUGUAUGAUUGGCGAAGCAUUUAAUGGAUAUUCUGAUGAUAUCUGUGGAGCUGUUGUUAAUGUGAGGCCAAAAGGAGAUAAAAUUGGUGUAUGGACUACAAACUCCAACAGUGAAGAUAGUGUCAUGGAAAUUGGGCGUAAAUUGAGAGAAAGAUUAAAAAUUGCAUCCAAAGUUAUUAUAGUCUAUCAAGUACAUAAAGAUGUUAUGGUUAAAGUAGGAAGUCAAACAAAAAAUGCAUAUACUCUCUAAAUACUAUUUUAAUGUCACGAAAAUUGAUCAAGUAACAUUAAACAUGCAUUAAUAAUAGGAAUAUUAUAUAAAAUUUGGAAUA